AUGGCUAGCACAGUGGGACAGACCAUCACUUGCAAGGCUGCAAUUGCCUGGGCUGCCGGUGAGCCCCUGUCCGUCGAGGACGUUGAGGUUGCUCCUCCCAGAGCGCACGAGGUGCGCAUCCAGAUUCACCACACCGGUGUCUGCCACACCGAUGCCUACACGCUCUCCGGCAAGGAUCCCGAGGGUGCUUUCCCCAUCGUCCUGGGUCACGAGGGUGCCGGUAUCGUCGAGUCCGUCGGCGAAGGUGUAACUUCGGUCAAGCCCGGCGACUACGUCGUCGCUCUCUACACCCCGGAAUGCCGUGAGUGCAAGUUCUGCAAGUCCGGCAAGACCAACCUGUGCGGCAAGAUCCGAGCUACCCAGGGUAAGGGCGUGAUGCCCGACGGCACCUCGCGUUUCAAGGCCCGCGGCAAGGACAUCCUGCACUUCAUGGGUACCUCCACCUUCUCCCAGUACACCGUCGUCGCCGAUAUUUCCGUAGUCGCCGUCACCCCCAAGAUCUCCACCGACCGGUCCUGCCUGCUCGGCUGUGGUAUCACCACCGGCUACGGUGCCGCCGUAGUGACCGCCAAGGUGGAGCAGGGCUCCAACGUGGCUGUCUUCGGUGCCGGCUGUGUCGGUCUGUCCGUCAUGCAGGGUGCCGUUAAGAACAAGGCCGGCAUGAUCAUUGCCGUCGAUGUCAACGACAGCAAGGAGGCCUGGGCCCGCAAGUUCGGUGCCACCCACUUCGUCAACCCCACCAAGCUCUCCGGCAAGACCAUCCAGGAGCACCUGAUCGAGAUGACCGAUGGCGGUUGUGACUACACCUUCGACUGCACCGGCAACGUCGGUGUCAUGCGUGCCGCUCUCGAGGCCUGCCACAAGGGCUGGGGUGAGAGCAUCGUGAUCGGUGUGGCCGCUGCUGGCCAGGAGAUUUCCACUCGGCCAUUCCAGCUGGUCACCGGUCGUGUGUGGAAGGGAUGUGCCUUCGGUGGCAUCAAGGGCCGCACUCAGCUGCCCGGUCUCGUGGACGACUACCUGAACGGCGAGCUCAAGGUGGACGAGUUCAUCACACACCGCGAGCCCCUAUCGGCCAUUAACACUGCCUUCGACCAGAUGAAGCUGGGCGACUGCAUCCGCUGCGUCGUGGACAUGAAAUAG